CUCGACGUGCAACUUGCGGUUUCCUGUCACGUGACCCGCGCUGCUUUCCUUUGCCGAAAGACUUUAGCAUUUGGAGCACGUGACCGCCUCAUCCGGGUCUCUCAGCGUUCUUUCACACUCGGCCCAACAUGGCUGCUUCAGCUAAGAAGAAGAACAAGAAGGGGAAGACCCUGACACUGACUGACUUCCUAGCAGACGAUGGAAACAGUGGUGGUGGUGGUGGUGGUGGUGGUGGAGGAGGAGGUGGUGGUGGUGGAGGAGGAGGUGGAGGCAGCACCUAUGCCCCAAAACCUGUCAGCUGGGCCGAUGAGACUGAUGAUUUGGAAGGAGAUGUCUCUACCACGUGGCACAGUAAUGAUGAUGAUGGUUACAGAGCUCCCCCUAUUGAUCGAUCCAUCCUGCCUACAGCUCCUCGAGCUGCUCGUGAACCUGAUGUGGACCGAAGCCGUCUCCCCAAAAGUCCCCCUUUCACUGCCUUUCUUGGAAACCUUCCGUAUGAUGUAUCUGAGGAAUCCAUCGAGAAAUUCUUUAGGGGGCUUAAUAUAAGUGCUGUUCGUCUGCCUCGUGAGCCCAGCAAUCCAGAGAGGUUAAAAGGCUUUGGUUAUGCAGAAUUUGAUGACUUGGACUCUCUACUACGGGCUUUAAGCCUCAAUGAGGAAUCUCUUGGGAACAGAAGGAUAAGAGUGGACAUAGCUGAUCAGUCACAAGAUAAAGAACGGGAUGAUCGUUCAUUUGGUAGGGAUCGUGAUCGCAACAGAGACUCUGACAAGACUGAUUCUUCUGAUUGGAGGGCUCGGCCUAGCACAGACAGCUUGGAUGAUAAUCCUCCACGUCGUGGAGAUGACAGCCAUGGGGACAGAUAUCGCAGUGACAGGUAUGAAUCAGACCGUUACCGUGAUGGUCCACGGCGUGAUGGAGACCGCUUUGAUCGUGACAGGGGUAGAGAUCGAUAUGAUGAUCGCGAUCGAAGGGAUUAUGAUAGAGCAGGCAGCAGGAGGGCAUUUGGUACUGGCUAUCGUCGAGAUGAUGAUUACAGAGGUGGUGGUGGAGGAGGAGAUCGUUAUGGAGAUAGAUACGAUGACAAGCGAGAUGAAAGAUCAGACAAAUGGAAUGGAUACUCUCGCAGUGAAGACAGGCGGGAAGAACGAGCGGGUCCCACUCAGCGACCAAAACUGAACCUGAAACCACGUAGUGCUCCAAAAGAGGAGGUUACAAGUGGGGGCACUGCACCCUCCAGUCGUGCAGCUUCGAUUUUUGGCGCUGCAAAGCCAGUAGAUACUGCUGCUCGCGAACGAGAAGUAGAAGAAAGGUUACAAAAAGAGCAAGAGAAAAUGCAGCAACGCCAAUUGGAUGAUGACAGACCUCGACAGAUCGAGAGGAAACCUAGAGAAAGGCAUCCUAGCUGGCGCAGUGAAGAUAAUCAGGAACGUUCUAGGACUGGAAGCGAGUCUUCUCAAACAGCCACAACUGGCCCUUCAUCCAGGAUCUCCCGGAGACGAGAGAGUGAGAAAUCAGUGGAGAACGAGGUAUUUGGAAAAGAUGACGAUGUUCCUUCUCCUAGUUCAAAAUCCCCCAAAUCUGACUCCCAGCUCCCACUUAAAGUUAUGCCAGCCCCUCCUCCAAAAGAGAAUGCAUGGGUUAAACGCAGCACAGCAGCUCCAUCCUCCCGAUCACAUAGCUCAGAAUACUCUCAAAGCGGCGAUGCGCAUCCAAACGAGAGGCGACAUUCUGGGUCAUCUUACCAAAGAGAUGAGAACAAAGUGGAUGCACUGGAGCAGCUAUCUAAAUCUGGUGGGCACAGUGUAGGAGAUCACAGUCGAGCACCUGAUAAGAGAGAAAAGAAAGAUCUGGAUUCAAGGGGUAUGCCAGAGUCGAAAAAAACAGAAGAACAGGCAGUAAAAUUCAGCCAAGUGAGUAAGUAUGCAGCUUUAUCUAUGGAUGGGGAAGAGGAGACAGAAGAAUAUGCAGACUGAACAUGGGAAUAGCUCUGUAUUCAUGGAUUCCUCUCCCAAAUUUAUCCUUUACUCUCCCUUCUGCCCUGUUCUGUAACAGCCAGUGGCAAGAAAAGCACCCUUGCGGCUGUCUGUCCCUUCAGAAAUCUAAAAGCAAUCCAACCUCAACAAUCGGACAAUGACCUUCGGUUAGAAAAACAAUGGGCUGUUUGUUUUCUCUCUUGCAUGCUGCUGCAGCUUUUUACUCUGUGUGCGUGGGAUAGGAGGGGGGCAGAAAUGCAGUGUGUAGCAAAAUAACACUGGAUUGCAGGGAGCAUAUUCAUUCUUAAGGAAACUAGUAGUUGUGUAAGAUGAGAUAAGGGAUUCUCAAAUCACAUCUGCCCUGCUGUAUAAAGGUUUCUAUUUUAAUGCCAGAAAAGCCGUUCUUGCUUCACAGGUCUGGAUCCUGGACAAGGUGGCUUCUAGAGCUCCAUUUUUAUGAUUAUUCUCCAGCAGACAGAGGCGAAUGAAAGAAAUGCUUGCCCUUUAUUACAGUAUGGCUAGGCAAAUGUGCUGCAGCUUCACUAGGGCAUCAGGUGCAUGGUUGGCACUCUUCUAGAGCAUUUGCCAGAAGCCCACCUCCGUGUGCCAGAGAAAUGAUCAAUAAAAGAAGCCAUGUCCCUCAACGGGGACUUCAAAUAUGAAUUGCUUUUCUAGAAAAUUCCCCCCCUCCCGCUUUGUGUGAUGCUGUGGGUGUGAAGGAGGCUGCUGUAGCGGUGAUAUUGGAAGGCUUUAUUAUGCAGCGUUUAUUAAAAUAAAUAAAGAAAUCCGGAUUAGGCAGUGUUUGCAUGGCACAGAGCUCCCAGACACUGCCUUUCGUAGCAAAUUUGACAAAAUCCUGCCCUCAAAUUGCACCUCUCAAAUCCCCUUCACUCGGCCUACCCUAAUUUAUGAUUGAUGUGCAUCCAGGAGCGGUGUUCCUGUCUGUCUCUCAUGGACCAGCUUGCCAUACCUUCCCUCUAGCAUUUUACUCUUCCCACAGAAGUGUAAAUCAAGGAAAAUAUAUAAUAAAACGUCUAAUGAUUUGUAAUCUGCUUUCUGGGAGAUGUUUUAUCAUGUAAAGAUCCCUUACCAGCCCUCUUAAUUUUGUUUUCUGUUCAUCAGCUCUGUCCCUCAUCGAAUAAACUAAUCUUUAAAAAUA